UUUCCCAGUAAUGAUCUUUUCCAUGAAGGCUUGUUGUUGGGCAUUGCUCUGAAUACAUUUAUUUAUGGCCAUGUCACGGGUCAACCUUUUAUUACUCAGAAAUCUUAGAUUAGUUAUUUUGUUCGUCUUCUUGACUGCUGACUGUCACGAACUGCACCAAGGUGAACUUUGCAAGUCUACUUGCCCUGAUGUGCAGAAGGCGCAAAGGCACACCUAUAGAUACAGUACAACAAUAGCGAGUACCCUGAAAGGUCCUUCAUUAGGAGGCAAUCAGUUAGCUUUGGAUUGUGUUGUUGACAUUGAUGUUCGACCAGGAUGUCCAGAGAUGAUUCUAAAGCUGAGGAACAUACAAAUAAAGCAUAGCUCAUCAAAGAGAGACAAUUCUGUGCUUCGCUUAAAAAACAUCAGAGAGUCAUUGGAGAAGAACCCCCUGCGGUUCUCGCUCGAAGGGGGAAAGGUCACAAAGCUCUGCCCACAGGAGGCUGAGCAGGUGUGGACCCUCAAUAUCAGGAGAUCCAUUCUGAGCAUGCUCCAGACCUCUCACUCGGGACGAGUUAGGGAAACAGUGAGAGAGACUGAUGUGUACGGGACAUGCUUGAGUUCUUAUGAACAAAGGGGACCAACGCUGAUAAAGAACAGAAACCUGCAACAGUGCCUUAGUGACAGAAUCAGUCAGUUUUGGAGUCACUCAGUCCCCCUAAAAGAGGGCACGACCGUGAGUGCCAGCCUCACAUGCGUCCAGAUCUACGGUGGGACAAUGAUGAACAAGGUCAACUGUACAGAAAUAGUGUCACUGGUGCCCUUACCAGGCCUGUUAGAAGUAGCAGAAACCAAGACCAUUUCUAGCCUAACUCUUCUCAGAACACUUGAAGUGAUACCGUUGGGUUCAGUCCAGAACACAGGCACCAUGGCUAGUCUUGUGUUUGAGGCAGAAGUCCAAAACCCAGGCAAGCUUGGCGGAUCAUCAGUUGAGGAGGUUACCAACACUGUGAGGAGGUUGUGUGCUCACCUCGCUGAUCAACAACAGCAAUCAGAGCUUCUCCUAAAUCUAUUGCUCCAGUUGAGGUCCCUGUCAUCCAAUCAGUUGAGAGACUUGUGGAAAGAAGCAUCCUUCAAAUGUCGAGAUGACUGGCAGCCCCUAUCAGAGACCCUGUCAGCGUGUGGAAGUGAGGAUUGCAUCCUCUUCACUACAGACCUCAUACUGAAUAAGGAAGUUGAACAGGAGCAGGCCUUGUCUCUCCUUAAUACUAUCACAUUUGCUUCCUACCCCACAUCUUCUAUGAUUGGCCACACUAGUGCCCUGCUGCAGGAUCCUCUUAUCCGUCCAAAAGCACUGCUGGUUGUCUCUUCACUGGUCCACAGGGUGUGUCAACAGAAACAAACCCCCUGCAACGAGAUCACAGAAGUCCAGCAGUUUGUCCAUGCAUUGAAGCAAACACUUGAGGCUGGAUGUGUAGUAGAUGACCAAUUGGAGAUCACAGAGUUGCUGCAUGUGUUAAAAGCAGUGGAGAAUGCAGGCAUGGCCGUCUCGGAUCUUAUUUCCACACUGAGCCGCUGUGUUCAAGAUCAUGCUGUGCCGCUGGAGCUUCGGCUGGCUGCUAUACGAGCGUUCAGGAGAAUACCAUGCAAUGAAGAUAGAAAAGUCCUCGCUUGGGCAUUUCAGAGACAACAGGAGCAUGUGGAGGUCAGAAUCGCAUCAUAUCAGCAAUUAAUGCACUGCCCAAACCAGGAGAUCUUCAGAAUUGUGAAAACAACAUUAAGCAUCGAGAAGUCAAGUCAAGUUGGGUCAUUCAUUUGGAGCCACCUGUUCAAUAUCCAAAAGACAGAAGACCCUCUAAAGAAAGAUCUGAUGGAGUCACUGCCAGAUGAUAUUAUUAGUAAAGACUUUGAAGCUGAGCCGUGGAAAUAUUCCUCACACAUGGACUACACGGUGGACACGGGAUUUGCUGCUGCUAACAUGGAGGGAGCUGUAGUUUUCUCCCCUGAAUCUUUUCUUCCACGUUAUGCUAUGGCAAAUCUGACAGUUCACAUCUUAGGCAGAGCUGUCAAUCUCCUGGAGAUCAGUUUAAGAAUGGAAAACCUCGAGCUGAUUCUGAGGAACAUAUUUGAGGAACAUCCUCUAGCACCUUCUGAUAACUCCAGAGCUCAGGAUCAGACAGACUCUCUGACGUAUGGACAGGUGGGAAAAAACGGUGAUAAGGAGCAGGCGGAUGUCUCCAGGCAGGGCUGUCAAUCGUCAAUUUUAAGUUCCAAGUUCACAGGACAGAGGAAAAAAAACAAAACCUUGAGAUGCUGGAUUAAUGUGAAGAUGUUCGGCAGUGACCUCUCUUUUUUAACCUGUGAUGACCUCCAUGCAUUGAGGAGAAAGCUGUCACUUAGCACAGCUGCGGUUUUGGUGAAGCUGUUAAAGGGGCAAGAGGUUAAAAUUAGUAAUAGGCCGAUUGUAAUGGCAGAGGAAUUGGUUUUACCAUCCCUCUCCGGAUUACCCAUGAAGCUGAGCAUCAACAUGUCCACAGCCUUUUCACUAAGACUUAAAGGCACUGCUAACUAUAAGACCUGGUCUCAUUUCUCAAUGGCUGGCUAUGUCAAACCAAGUGCACUUGUUGCUAUCUCUGUGAGAGCUGGAGUGGAUGGAGCUUUCGGUCGCGUUGGAUCAGAGUGGGUCACUCAGCUUAAAACCUCUUCAAGCUUAGAUGGAGGUGUUUAUGUGCACCAUGGUCAAAAUAUAAAGGUGGCCCUCAACACUCCAGAAGAUGUCAUGGAUAUAUUGACCUUUAGCUCCAGGAUGUUUCGUGUGAGUGGCGACACCAGAGAGGAGCUCAUAGCUACGAGAAAUCUCAAGGAGAAGAACACGUGCACUCCUAAGACAUGGUCUAAGAUGAUUGGCUGGCAGUUAUGUUCAGAAAUCUCCUAUCCCUUGACAUUGAGAAGCUUUCCUCCUCUGGGUCCAGUUGCUUUUACCCUCAGACUCCACAAACUGGACAAAAGUCUUAAUCAGUAUCUCUUGGAAGCUGCCUAUACUUUUGUACCUCAGCGUAAUUCCUGGAUGCCCCUAGAAGUCACUCUGCUUCUCUUUCUUGGCACACCACAAUCCACUAUCCCCAGAGAUGUGUCACUGGACCUGAAUCUUACUCCAAAGAAGCUGAUUCUGAAACUAAUUCAUCCCUUAAAAAACAUUCUCAUACAAGGGCAGCUGGAGGAAUUACACAACCAACAUUCCGGUAGAAUCGAACUACUAAUAGACAACAUCCACCAUUAUUUUAUCAAAGGCCUGAUGGAGACAGUGAAUUCUGCUUCAGAGACAAGAGCCCACUUUCACUUAGAUGCCAAAGUUAUGGCAGACGGACAUCCAAUCACCCUGUCUGUCAACACUACACAUACUCGCAGCAGAAAGAUCACAGUACAUGCCUUGCUUAAAAAUGUCUUCAAUAAAGAUGCAUCACUCUCAGUGCAGCUGGAGAGAAAUUUGGAAGAUGGCCAGAGACGCUAUUCCAUAGAUGCCGGGAUUCUUUUCCCUAGUGCUUUCGGCAUCAGAGCUCUUGGCCUACUAACGCAGAAGGGCCCAGAAUGGAGCUCUACAUUGAGGCUUAAGUUUGGUGUACAAGAGGAUUCACUGAAUAUGCAAGAGUGUCACAUGACCCAGAACCUACACAGUGAGUCUGACACCAUCCAGGCACACCGUAUAACAGCAUCCCAUGAACUCCACUGUUCUCAGUUCUUCAGUCUAAACCACAAGAUUCAGUUCAGACAUGAACAGAGUCCUAUCAACAUCCAGUCCUCACUUGACAUUAGCUAUGGGAAGCAGUGGAACCAAAGCAGUAACAAACACAGGAUCCUCUUAAACCAGUCACUAAAAAACCAGUCUGGACCCAGCCUAACCAGUUAUGCUGUUGAGCUCAGCUUACGUCUUUUAGACAAAGGACUAAAUUUCAGAACGCAGCUUCUGCACUCUCAUUUUAAGAGACCAAAAUCUGAGAGCAGCACUCAUCUUAAAAUCAACUACAACAAUCAAAUGCCUCUGGUAGCCGGUCUGCACUGGAAGAAUAUGUCAGCAAAGGCUUCACUGCAAAACUGGGAAGGUUCAUUCAACAUGGACACACCCUGGCUUUAUGUGUAUGUAACCCAGAAACUAACUCAGCCCCAGCGUGGCAUCUCACAUUUCAGCUCCGAAAUCACUACGAGAAAACUAGUAAACAUCCGAACUGUUACAUUGGAGGGCUUAUAUAAGGACAGGGGUAAAGAGAGGCAAGGCCAGCUACACCUGUUCACUCCCACCGUCAGCUAUAUCAAGGUCAGUGGCUGGAGUUUGCUGGGCAAACGUGGAGUUAAGGGUUCAUACUCCAUCAGCACAGCUUGGACACCGGUCCAGCAUGGAGAAAUCUCUCUAAGCAAUGGCAAAAACAUGAAGACUCUGGAAAUAAGUGGAGGUUGUGGCAAGCACGACUUCAACAUUUCUGCAGUCUUCAGUACACUUGAUAAGAAACUGAAAAAGAGACUUUUGAUGAUGACCAUGAGCAUGUCAGAUCUUAAAAACCCUUACGUGGAGUUCCAGAUGGAGGGCGCCAUAGAGGAGAUGAGGAAAGACAGGAGGAUUUAUCAGAAACGAUGGAGGCUACACUUCAGACAGCCAUUCAACUUUAUUCCUCAAAGUUUAACCCUUCAGGAGACAUUUACAAUUGCUCUGUAUCAGAAAGUUUACAGUUUAGAAUCAAAGAUUCAUGUCAAUGGAAACAAAAAGGCCAUUCAUAUCCUUACUCUGGGUUAUCGACCUCAGCAUCCAUAUGUUUGCUCCUCAUUAGUCCAAUCUUUCAGCACUGACAGCAUUCCUCAAAAUUCAAAGAUCUGUCUCACUCUCCAAAACAAACAGAGUGUGCAUGAAGUGACAGGGCAGUUGUGGACUGGAAAGGAGGAAAUACUUUCUGUUCUUGGUCGAGUUCAACUUGACAUAACUUCAGCAUCUCAGCAAUGUAUUACAAUGAAAGCCAAUCUCUCCCAGUUGCUAGAGUCGAAUUUGCCGACCUCUGUCAGCAUAGAUGUUGAGGCACUCAGGAGCCACAAGAACACAAGCGAGUCUGAAUAUGUUUCUAAUCUGACUAUAGCAACUGACGAAAAAAAUUAUCAUGCUCAUGGAGUAAUGACAGUUUCCUCUACGGGAAAUAUCAGCAGUUCCAUCAGCUUGAAGGAAGAUGAAAAAAAUGCUACUCUUUACUUUACUCUAGAAAACACUGUGCCAUAUGAGGUUAAUCCAGUGGAUAUCCAUGUUGGUUUUCAUCAGACUUUAUUCCCCGGGAUCUCUUCUGAUGGUCAUAUUCAUUUAGCUGCAAACUCUUCUUCUAAAAGUGUGUUUUUACAGUGCACAGUAGAACAGAACGAAGGGACACUCAGUGCUCACUUGAGCCUCGAGCAUGAUCCAGGGUUACGUAUGUCUCUUUCAGGGGAUCUUGUCAAUUCAUUCUCAGACCUUGCUGCUCUACCUAAUAUAACCACUGUGGUUGGGGUACUAACUCAGUCUGAUGGUCAAACUGAAGGAGAGCUGACACUAGUAAUGGAUGAUGCUGUAUAUGGGUUAGACCUGACCCAUCAGCAUUCGAGUAACUCCAGAGAUGAUCCGAGUGGAAAUGAAUAUGCUUUGCUCUGUGUACUUUCUAUGGAGCAGUCACUAUGUGUGAACAUAAGUAGUUUUACACAGCACUGGUGUAGGAGUCUGCACACCCGAGUCUCUCACCCGUUUACUUGGCAACACUCUGCAGGGCUUCCGUUUAACAGCACAGCAGAUGUGUAUGUGAACUGGAGCGAAAGCAGUAUGUGUGUCCAAGAGGAGCUGCACACAGGGGCCCGGGGCCCAAGAGCCGCAUUGGAGCGAAGUUCACAUCAUAAAACAGAUACUACUAAACAUUAUCAGGUGAAGUGCACAGAGGGAAUUGACACGGACCACCUUUCGGGUGUCUGUUCUGGACCGUACCAGGGACGCUCUCUGAAAGUUGGAAUCAGAGUCGGUCUUUCAAAAUCUGAAAGUUUCUUGUUUGAUCUUCAAGGCCAUCACAAUACUUCAAGCAUUGGGCUAAUGGUGAAUGUGUCCCACAACGUGUCUGCUUUAGAACCGUAUUUACCAUUUGAAUUUAACUCCCAAUCACAGUUGAGCCAUUCAGAUUCUUCAGUAAAGGGUAAUGCAGUACUUCUGGUUGGCAUUACUGGCGUAACCUUUGAGGGAGAGCUCUCGAGCAGCAAAUCUGGCUUUAAGCAAGUGCUGAUGUUAAAACACACAAUACCUCAGCUGUCACUGCCUAAAAGUAUGACAGCUAGGACCGUCUAUGAUAGAAAGGGAUGGUCUUAUAUUCUCACACACCGAAUCCAGUGGGAAAAUCAGUCGACACAAACCGACCCCUUUGAAGAUGUUAAACAGUUACAUCAUCCCAAACUGACAGGUGGAAAAGCUCAUGGAUGGGGUUUGGAUCUUAGAGUAGAAAGUGAAGCCCAGAAAAAACUCGGAAAUCUGAAUAUUGACUGGACUGUGUUGGGAAUCCAUGAGCAGAUUAGAGCUGAAGGCUCAUGGACUUUGGUGAGCAGACAGACUGAGACUUCACAGCACAAACAACCUUUUACAUCAACACUGUCUCACUUUCACAUACAUGCUUUUUUACAUGGACUGGCCCAUGGAUAUAGCCGCAACAAACAGGCCCAUGUUUCCUGGGACCACAGAAAGCCUGUAAAUGUUUCUGUAACCGUGAGCAAGCACUGGCAUGAUGACUCCAGCCGGGGUCAGGCCUGUAUCCUUUUCUCACCAGGCCAGUUACAGCCAGUGCUCCCUCUAGUGGAAAUGGAGGGAUGUUUCGCUGUGGAGAUGGAGGGGAAGGCCUACUCCCAAAACACAGAACUCAAAUGGAAAGACAAGAGAGUCACACAAAGCAUGAAAUACCAGGGAGGGGUCAAAGGGAUGCACACACUCCUGGUGGAGAUGGGGGCUCAAAAUGUCUCUCCAUCUCCCUGCCCGUCUCACAGUCUUUUGACCCAGAUACACACCAAUCUGAGGGACCGUCUGGAACACCAUGUUCAGCUUGGAAUCUGUCCACCACAGCCUGCUUUAAUUUGGUCUGGAUCUCACAGAGUGAACUCAGGCAAGGAGAUCUUGUACACCAACACUCAUCUGUCUGUGUCUGGACACCAUCAACAGAACAUCUUCACACUGUCUCUCAGAAAUAUAAGCAGCAGUCAAUUUUCCAACUACUCACUGCUCUCCGAGUUUCAAGUAGGAAACUGGAGUUUGGAGCUGGCAUGGAGUUCUUUGUUUUCAGGAAGAAAUGUUGGGAUUCAAGUUCAUGCGAGGUUGGACCGCAGUGAGAUGAUCUGGCUGCAGGGGGCGCUGGAAAAACGCUGCCUACAAGCUGCUGCUGGAUUUGACAAUGAAACAUCUGAUGAUAUGCGAGUGGCUCUCUGCAUGGGAGGGCAUCACUGGUUUACGCUAGAGACUCAAAGAGGAGGGCGUGGCAUUGAGAAGGAGACUCUCACCCUCAUUUCUGUAGGAGCAGCCAAUCAGAGUCUGCAAAUUCAAGCUAAGGGAUGCAGGGAUUGCCUGUGGGCCACUGAGGCACGGCUCCAACAGCUGGGAUCUAACAUUAGGAGUAAACUUUUGGACAGGGUUCAAAGACUUCACCAUCUUCUGUUAGCAUUCAGAAGACAGGCAGGGGACAUCACAUUUCUGCAGGAGCUGAGUGAAGGCCCGCUGUCUCUGACCCAAAGAGCCGAGACCCUGCUGUUCAGAGCAGGGGGUGUGUGGAGCUCGUGGACCACCGGCCCACUCCGACACGCUCUUACACACAGCCUGCCACACACACUUCAGCAUCUGCAUGAUAUGUCUCAACAGAUUCAACUAGAACUCAAGAAGCCUCUGGCGACUCUGGCCGGAGCGUACCUUGAUGUGACAGGAGUGCGUUUGGACACCGUGUGGCAGCAAGGAAUGGAGCUGUGGACCAGAGACCUGACCGAAUUUUUGCCAUCUGUACUUCACGAUCGUCACCUCAAUAUGCCAUCGCAGGCCGCUCUGCAGAUUGCUAUUAUUGCACUGGACAUGGUGAGCCAGCAGACAUAUCAGUGGAUGGAGGCCAGAUUGGCUGCCAUGCUGGUUGGAUUCAGAAGGCAUCUUUCCCUCAUGUACAAGUUUAGAAGUGAUGGUGAGGUGAUCUUCAGGGUGCCACUUCGUGUCGGCUCCUGGCUGAAGGUGAAAGAAUCUGGUGUGACUGAGGUUCUUCUAGAGGAGUUUGUCAUGAAGCCGCUUCUGGCCUUAAACUCUUUAAGCCCCACUGCAGAACUUUACCGGCUGAAGAGGAAGAUCAUGGACAGUCCUGUUAACCAUCAGGCAUUUGUAGUUGCAGAUAACUAUUUGGUGUCCUUUGAUGGCCACUUGUUAAAAGUCCCAGAAUCCUGUGAUGUCAUACUUGCAGCUGACAUCAUCGAGCAUAGCUUCAGCGUCAUGUUAAAAUCCGACAGAUUUCGACGUCGCUCACUCAUGAUUCAGAUGGGAAACACAACAAUUGGAGUUCAUCCUAAUGGAGAGGUGGAGGUUAAUUGCCUUGCAACACACACACCUUACAAAAACACUGAAGUAAAUAUCAGAAAGAAUAUGAACUUGAUUGAGGUGUCCAAUGAGAAAGGAGUAAGGGUAUCAUGUGACCCUCAUCUGGACGUCUGCACUUUAAUUCUAGAUACAUGGCUUCAUGGUGUAUCUGUGGGUCUAUUAGGAACAAAUGAUAAUGAGGCAGUUAAUGAACUUCCUCUGCCAGAUGGCUCCCACACAAGCAGUGUGCUUCAGUUUACUCACAGCUGGCAGGUGGAUUCCAAGUGCGUCAGCGUUGAAAAUGAAUUCUGUGAAAACAGCACCGCCGACUCCCCGUCAUGCAAAUCUCUGUUUCUUUCCACCAAUUCACCUCUAAGCCCCUGUUUCAGAGUGGUGGAUCCCGAGCAGUUCAUGAUGGCAUGUGAAAGAUCCAAGUGUGAGAGUGUUGGACGUGCAGAUAUUUCGAAGUCAACCCCUUGUACGCUGGCAUUUGCUUUUAUCUAUCUGUGCCACAGAAACUAUGUUCCCCUGGAGCUGCCUGUUCAAUGCGUGUGAGCGAGGUACACGGUGUACUCUGAAGAUGCUUUGAUUUCACAGAGGACAGGAAUCAGGAUGUAUGCUGACUUGUUUUACAUAUUUAAUGCAAUAUGUACAAGAUCUGUUAUUGCUCUGCUGUCUGUUUUAAAGGAUAUAACCACUUUCCAAAAAGGGAAAACGCACACUGAUUUACACGAAUUUGAAAUUGCUUUAAAAAUGUUGUUCAAUGCCUAUAUGUUGGUGGUCCAAAUUAUUAGCUUUAAACUAAACCUGGCUAUUAUUUUUUAUAAUAUUUUUGGCUGAAAAAAUCAAAAGAGUGUCUUUUAAUAAUAAACAAAAAAUGUAAUAAUAACCAGAACACUUCUGUCAGCAAUGUACAAUGUACCUUCUAACUUAAUUUCAUGCAAUUUAAUAUUUUUUAUUGCUCAAUGUAUAUUAACUCUAAUAGUGUGUUAGUGACCCAAUUUUCAUGCGAAACAGUUUAGAUGCUACAAAACUAUUGUGUUGUGGAUAUGCAUUUCAGAAAGUUAAUUUAGAGCAUCUGCUUAUAAAAACGUUUUCCUCUGUAAACCUAAGUGUGCAUUAGCUCACUCUGUUUUAUUUGAUUAACUGCUAAUAAAAGUUUAAAUCGUAGAUCACCA